AUGAUGUCGACGGCGACGACCCAGCGCGCGGUCGCCGGACCUCUUCGCCGCGCAGGUUCGCCAGAUUCGCCAGUUGUCAACACAAUCGGAACCGCGAGGGCGUCGGCUGGCGCGGGACUGGCGUGGCGGCGACGCGUCGGCGCGGCGUUCGCGACGACCUCGCCGAAACGGAUCGAACGCCGCGCGCGUCGCGGCGACUCGAGGACGAUCGAGACGAUCACCGUCGCGGCGGCGCGCGGGGGCGAUUACGGCACCAGCGUCGGCCACGAGUCGGGGCCGUCGGGGCAGGCCGCGCCGAUCCUCGCUGGCGUCGCCUUCUUCGGCACGUUCUUCGCGGCGAUGGCGAUGCGGAAGCGACGGGAGCGCCAACGUCGCAGGGCACGGGGCGACGUCGCGCGGCAGCGGCUGAGGAGCGCGGCGGGCGCCGGACGCGUGGCGACGCGAUCCGACCUCGCCGCCCAACCCGCGUCGUUUCCGAACCCAAACUACCGUUGGGACUCUCCCAGGGACAUCGCCUUCGCCAGGACCCGCGGGCUGGUCAGGGAGGACAAGAGCCGCGGGCGCGAGGAGGACUACGAGCUCCUCCGGGAAUACGCGCGGCGGGACGAGGUCGCGGCGCGGGAGAACAUCGCGAGGAAUUCGAGGGCGCCCGGGGGAGGAGGUUCGUACCGCGAUGAUCACGCGUAUACGACGACGAUGACGCUGGGCGUGACGUGCCCCGUUCGUGAGGGCCAGGGCGUCGCGGUGACGGGGGCGGCGCCCGCGCUCGGGUCGUGGAAUCUCGACGGCGCGGCGGCGAUGACUCGCGUGGGCGCGGACCGGUGGCAGGUCACGUUCGACACAGCGCCCGGGCCCGUGGAGUACCGUUUCGCGUUGAUCACGAGGCUGGCCAACGGGGGCGGCGCGCGGCUGGAGACGGAGGUUGGACCGCCGAGGAGCGCGAUCGCCGUGGGGGACCCCGGCGCCAGGAGCCAGGUCUUCGUCGACGACCGGGUCCCGGAGUUUGCGUCGUCGGCUAACCUGGACUGGUCCGCUCGCAUCCGCGCGGGCGCCGCCGGGAACGUCCUCGACGGGGGGGGCGGGAGGGGGAGGGUGCCCGGUUCCGACGCCGCAGCCGCAGCCGCCGCCGCGCGCAGGGUCGCGGAGGCGAGCGACGUGGACGUUGACGCCGCGUUCGAGGCGCUGGAGUUGACGGGCGGGGACGAGGGGAGAGCCGGGGAGCUGCUGAGGACGGCGGCGCGGGGGGUCGCCGCGCCGCCGCCGCCGCCGCCGGGGCGGAGGAUGGCCGCCCCGCCCCAGGUGGCGACGGACAGGAUGCGGGUGGAUCAGGUCAGCGACGACGUGAAAGUCGUGGAGGAGUUCUCGGACGCGAGCGACGACGAGCUCGCCAGGCUCAUCGCCGACCUCCGGAACGAGAUGAAGAACAACUGACGGAUCGUUUAAACCGCCUG